AUGUCUCCCAGUACAACGGCCUUUCCCAGCGCCCCCGGCCCGACGUCAGGCAUUCGAGGGGGAGACGUCGGUGGGAUGCAGCUCCCCGGAGGACGGUCAAGUUGGACUGGCCCAUAUGGCACAGCUUCACCCGCUUCUGGGGACAGGCGAGCGCGGUAUCCGUAUAUAAAGGAUCUCCAAGAUCAAGCUGCACGUCUGGAAGUCGAUGAACGGAGCCCGAUCAACCAUCUUCUCGCGACUGCGUCCGAAGCCCUACAAAAAUGUCAAUCAUUCGUUAAUCAAGGAGACCUUGGAACGGCCUAUGUCCAAUACCUCCGCGCAUCUGAAAUUAUCGUGAAUACCAUUCCUCGGCAUGUAGACUAUCGGUUGCUUCCCGUUCAUCAUCCAGAAUGGUACCAUCAGUUCUCGAAUCUCAUGAUGUCAAUCAGUCAGAAACAGUCUACCAUGGAUGCGAUUAAAGAGCAAAUUCUCGAAGAUAAUCUGGCAACUCAGAUACGGCCACAAGGAUCUCCUUCUAUGGAUAUACAAAGGGCACCAAGUCACCAGCAAAGUGCCCCCCUCAGGAUGCCUAGCCCGGCGGACUUCCAAUCGAACGGGGCAUCGCAGCAAUACAAUGGGGUUGGAAAACAAAACGGGACAAGAUCUGCUGCAGAGGAUUUGCUUGCCCAACGUUUUGCUCGAUUGCAAACUACACAAAGUUCUCCGUCUAAUGGACAACAUUCCUCAGGCUAUGUCAAUUCUACUUUAGCGGCAUCACCACCGGCCGAGACACUUUCCGAUUAUCGUCCUUCUUCGUCGAGUUCAGUGCAAAGCCUAACAGGCACUUCCUUCGGUUCAGGUGCCUCACGGCCAUUCGGUCCACGCGCGAUAGGGACACCUCAACAUAUAUCUGUUCCUCCAAAAAAACCGUUGAAUGUCAACACUGUUUCGCUCCCCAGAGCACCAAGCCCAACUUACAGUCCGAUAUGGUCGGUGCCGUCUCAACCGCCGCCGUCUAACCCCCCGCGAACUUCAAGCGAAAGCUCUCGGGCGACACCGUCGAAGUAUGCUCAAAUUGUUGGAUCACGAUUAAGUAGUCCCAGGCGUUCCGAAGACGACAAUCCAUACCGGUCCCGCACGCCUAACGGGGUUCAUCUUGCACACGAAAAUAAGAGUAGCUCGAAUGAGCUGCCAUUCAACACAACUAUCCGAGCGCAGCAAUUACUUGAUUAUAUGCGCAAGUACAAUGUCUUGGUCAUAGACGCGCGUCCUCGUGAACUCUAUGACAGCGGACAUAUUUACGCUAGGUCUAUUUUAUGCAUCGAGCCAGUGGUAUUAAAAGAGAAUAUGUCGGCAGAAGAGCUGGAAGAACGGCUGGUUGUUUCGCCAGAUAACGAGCUAUCCUUAUUUGAACGACGAAAUGAAUUCGAUCUCGUGGUGUAUUACGACCAAGGUACAGACUCGGUCAGUUAUCUCGCGGGAUCGCCGGUUGGAACAUCCGCUCCUCACUUAAGAGCGCUUUAUGACACGCUGUAUGAAUUCAAUGCAUACAAGCCUUUGAAGGACGGCAGACCACCAGCUAUGUUGAUAGGUGGACUCGACGCUUGGGUGGAUUUAGUUGGCUCCCAGUCACUGGCAACGUCUUCUACGGCAGCGAUAAUGGGAUCUAUACAGGCCAAACGGCCUGUGCAGAAACCUGGACGACCUCUCGGAAGGGUUCCGACGGCAAGUGCUAAUUCGAGCUUGGAGAUCCGGAAAAGACGACUACGCGAGUUUAAGCCUUUGAAUUCCGAAGAGCUUACAGCAUGGAUGGAACGAGCCAAAAAGGAGGAGGUCAUGGCCCACACUUACGAAGAUGAAGAAGGGACGAUAACAGAGGAGCCUGAAGACGAAGCCAAUGCACAGGAGCCGCCAUCGCCAUUUGUACACACUUAUGAAGAUUUUCUACGACGAUUUCCUGAGCCCCAGGCUAUCCAACAAUCGAUGGUUGCUCCAGAGCCCCGAGUGGCCAUGCCGGCAAUGCCAAAUUACGCAGCUCCUGUUCCACUAGCACCAUCACGACCCCCGCCAGCACUGCCGCGGCCGAAUUAUGGAGGACUCUCAGAUGGUCGCCAGAUACAGCCACCUCUUGCUCGUCAAAACUCUGCAAGCAAGACGGCGCUAUACACAUCAAGCUCUCUGAUGACACGGCUCAAAAUGCCACGAACUGGACUUACCAAUUUCGGAGUGACGUGCUACAUGAAUUCCACGUUGCAGUGCUUGAGUGCGACGACAGUAAUGAGCAAAUUUUUUAUCGAUGAUCGGUACCGGUACUAUGUCCAAAAGAACUGGAAAGGAUCACAGGGAGUAAUGCCUGGCCUCUAUGCCAACCUGAUUCGAUCGCUGUGGAAAAACGAUGUCGAAGUCAUUGUGCCGACCUCAUACCGCAAUUUUUGUGGUCGAUUGAACCGGGAGUGGGCAAUUGACCGGCAACAAGAUGCAAAAGAGUUUUUUGACUUUGCUGUUGAUUGCCUACAUGAAGAUCUCAACGUCAAUUGGCAACGAAACCAGCUGCGGCCUUUGACUUUCGAGGAGGAGAUGCAGCGAGAAAAGAUGCCAGUGCCUAAAGUAUCGAGGAUUGAGUGGGAUCGAUACUGUCAUCGCGAAGAAUCGUUUAUAUCUUCAUUAUUUGCUGGGCAACAUGCCAGUCGUCUACGGUGUACGACAUGUCACCGUACGUCGACAACGUACGAGGCAUUUUAUAGCAUCAGCGUGGAAAUACCGCCGACGGGGACAGGGGAUAUCUACCAAUGCUUGCAGAGCUACUGCAAAGAAGAGAUGCUGAGUGGUGACGAGGUUUGGAAAUGCCCAUAUUGCAAAUGCGAGCGGGUGGCAACGAAACAAAUCAUCAUCACUCGAGCUCCCCAGAUUCUAGUCGUCCACUUCAAACGGUUCUCGGCGUCCAAGACGCAAUCGGCACGCAAGAUUCACACUCGCGUUGAAUUCCCAUUGCAUGGACUUCGCAUGGACAAUUUCGUGAUCCCUUAUCCAGCGGUGAAUGGGGAAAAUGCAAACGCAUCAAAUGCAGCUGCUGCAGCGCCGCCGUCCCUUUCGCCCACGAUUCCGCCGUUCACGUACGAUGCAUACGCGGUUUUACGACACCUGGGCUCGACGCUGAGCGGAGGGCACUAUAUCUCGAUGGUACGAGAUGCACAGCGUCAAUGCUGGCGUCGGUUCGACGAUGAGCGCGUGGCCGAUUUCAACCCGCGAGACCUGCGACCAUCGGAUCGGCUUCAAAACGAACAGGCGUACAUUGUAUUUUAUGAGCGUGUCCCCGCUAAACUCAUCUACUCCCUCCCUCUUCUAUUCACCAUGGCCGACAAGGAAUUCACAUACGCCGAGGUCUCGGCCCACAAGACCAAGAAGGACCUCCACAUCGUAGUCAACGAAGGCGUCUACAACGUCACCUCGUUCGUCGAUGAGCACCCCGGUGGUGAGGAAGUCCUUCUCGAUGUCGCCGGCCAAGAUGCCUCCGAGGCCUUUGAGGAUGUCGGCCACAGCGACGAGGCCCGCGAGAUUCUCGAUACCCUGAAGAUUGGCACCCUCAAGAGACUGCCUGGCGACCCUGCCCCCCGAGCCAUCUCGACCUCAGACUCUUCCUCGCCCGGAUCCUCCGGCUCCGGUAGCGGUGGUGUUGGUCUGUAUGCCAUCGUCCUGAUCGGCGCCGCUGCCGCCUACGCUGCCUACCAAUACCUGCAACUGCAAACCGAGACCCAGUAA